UCUCUCUCUCUCUAAUAUCGCUCAAUGCAUCCGCUCAGCGCCUUCACAAUCUGGGCUUCAACCUCAGCUGGACUUAAAGCUCACACAGAUCGUUUUCGCGUGUCUCCGCGUUAAAAAAGCAAAAUCAGCGCGUGACUUUCACUCCGGAGCGACGGACGGCUGACAUCACACUUAUGAGGAUUUUUUUUUGGAUAAACACAGCAUUAUAAAAAUGGAGCUUUCGUUUUUUCCUGUGUGGCAGAUGAGCAUGACGAUCGCUCUCGUGAUUUCUGGGAUUCAGGCAGAAUCAAGUCAGUCUCAGAGUGCAUACUUCUUGCCUGAGUUCGCUCUCUCUCCACAAGGAAGCUUUCUGGAGGACACAACAGGAGAGCAGUAUCUCACGUAUCGCUAUGAUGAUCAGACAUCAAGAACCACACGCUCUGAUGAGGAGAGGGACAAUGGAUGGGAUGCUUGGGGAACAUGGAGUGAUUGCUCUCGCACCUGUGGAGGAGGAGCCUCUUACUCUUUACGGAGAUGUCUCAAUGGAGCGAAUUGUGAAGGAAGAAAUAUCCGUUACAGGACUUGCAGCAACACAGACUGUCCUGUCGAGUCAGGUGACUUCAGAGCUCAGCAGUGCUCCGCCCACAAUGACAUCAAAUACCAGGGACAGACAUAUGAGUGGAUUCCAGUGAGCUAUGACCCAAUAUCUCCUUGUGCUCUCAAGUGCCAGGCUCGAGGGAAGAGCUUAGUGGUGGAACUGGCGCCUAAAGUGCUGGAUGGCACGCGGUGUAAAGCAGAUUCUCUGGAUAUGUGUAUUAAUGGUAUAUGUCAGGAAGUGGGCUGUGAUAGACAGCUGGGCAGCAACACUAAGCCGGAUAACUGUGGAGUGUGUGGAGGAGAUGGCUCGAGUUGCCGCCUGAUCCGAGGCCAAUCACAGAUACAUGUCUCGUUAGAGGAACCCCUGAAGACGGUGGUUGAAGUUCCUCUAGGAAGCCGAGGUCUGAGACUCACAGCCAAGGGUCCUGAUAUCUUAAUAAUUGAAGCUCACAGUCUAAGCGACAGGAAAGAGGAGCUGGUGUUGAGCUCUCCAGGCUCAUACACUCUGGCCAACAGCACUGUGGAUUAUCAGAAAGGAAGAGAAGCUGACAGACAGAUCCUGCGCUGCCAUGGGCCGCUCAGUGCAGACUUCACCGUCAAGAUGAAGUAUGCGGCUCCUAAAGACACAGUGGUCAUGUUCAUGUUCUACCAGCCCAUCCGCUAUCAGUGGAGAGAGACAGACUUCUUCCCCUGUUCUGUAAAAUGUGGAGGAGGCUACCAGCUAAACUCUGCCGACUGUGUGGACAUCCGCUACAACAAAACUGUCACAGAUCACCACUGUCACAGCUUUCCAGAAAACACUAAACCCAAACCCAAGCUGAAGGAGUGCAAUAUGGAGCCCUGUCUCGAAAGUGAUGGCUUCAAAGAGGUCAUGCCUUACGAUCACUUCCAGCCUCUUCCACGGUGGGAGCAGAACCCCUGGACAUCGUGUUCAGUGUCAUGUGGAGGUGGAAGUCAGGAGCGCAGUGUAGUGUGUGUGGAGGAGGACAUGCAGGGCCAGAUUGUUCAGGUUGAGGAAUGGAAAUGCACACACUCCCCACGGCCUGUCUCUAAACAGAGCUGCAACAAUUUUGAUUGCCCUAAUUGGUUGGCAAUGGAAUGGUCUCAGUGUACAGUAACCUGUGGGCGAGGUUUGCGUUACCGUGUGGUUGUGUGUGUGGAUCAUCAAGGAGAGCACACAGGAGGCUGUACCUCUGAACUCAAACCCCACAUCAAAGAGGAGUGCUUAGUGCCAAUCGCAUGCCACAAACCUAGAGAGAGUGUGCCUGUAGAAGCCAAGGUCCCCUGGCUAAAACAAGCCCAAGAGUUGGAGGAGACCAGAGUGGCCACUGAAGAGCCAACCUUUAUCCCAGGCCCAUGGACUCCCUGCAGUGUGUCUUGUGGCAUGGGUAUACAGAAGCGCACUGUGAAGUGCAGAGUGUUUCUCUCCUUCACUCAGACUGAGGUGGAUCUUCCAGAUGAGGAGUGUGGAGAGGAUAAGCCUCUCCCCCAGAGAUCCUGCACCCUUGAAGCCUGCUCCAAAUUGCCAGAUCAUCCACAGCACCAACAGAAAAAUCAGACCAAGUCCUCCAAGAAAAACUAUGUUUGGGAGUAUAGGGGAUUCACACCAUGCUCAGUGUCCUGUGCUUUAGGCAGGCAGACAGCUGUUAUUCGUUGUGUAAGGGCUGGGCGUCGGGAGCUGGUGGAGGAUACACUCUGUGAUGAAUCACUCAAACCCCAAACCAUCAUGCGCAUGUGCAACCCUCAGCCUUGUCCUGCCAGAUGGGAGGUGAGCAUGUGGAAUGCAUGCUCGGUGUCAUGCGGCGUCGGAUUGCAGACGCGGAGCGUGUGGUGUGUGAGGUCUGUAGGAGCCAAUCACAGCGAGCCAGCAUCAAAUGUGCCAGCAUCUGAGUGCCGAGGACCUCGCCCAACAGAGGUUCAGGCCUGCAAUCAGGUGCAGUGUGUCCCUACCUGGGAGACAGACGAGUGGCAGGAGUGCUCCAGUUCAUGUGGCAGAGGAACACAGUGGCGUAAGGUUUACUGCAGGCAACGUUUGGCCACAGGGAGCUAUCGCCGCCUGCAAGACGAGGAGUGCGAUGGAGUUAAACCUGAUACACACCGGCCGUGUGUUAGCACACAGUGUCUGAAACCCCACCUAGUGGGUGGAGAGUGGUCCAAGUGUUCUGUGACAUGUGGGAAGGGAAUUCAGCGCAGAGAGCCUGUGUGUAGAAGGCAGACUGCAUCUGGUCAGCUGGUCACUUUAGAGAGGAAUGUGUGCAUUGGCCUUCAACCUCCACCUCUAAUCAGGAGCUGCCGAAUGAGUCCCUGCAACAAGCACAAGUACUCCAAGAAACGUUGUCCUCAGGUUUUGGGCCUCAAACGCAUCUACAUUCAGACAAAACAAGAGAAAAGACUUAGCUUCACAAUCGGUGGACGUGCUUAUCUUUUCCCAAAGACAUCAGUUGUAAUCAAGUGUCCAGUGCGCAACUUUCCCAAAGCCCAAAUUCGCUGGGAGAAGGAUGGUGUGGACAUUCAAAGCUCCAAACAUCUGACCAUCACAAAAUCUGGAGCCUUAAGGAUCUACAGCUUGGAAGUUGGAGACAUUGGGCAGUAUCGCUGCUGGGCUAACCAGGAUUCAGACACCUUCAUUCUAAAGCUGAUAGGCCAUGAUAACAGGCUGCUAGAACAUCCUGAGGGUAAAAAAUUGGUAAAGCAGAAAAUCAACAGCAGCUCCAGAACUUUCCCUAACAAAGAGGGAGGUAUUGUUAGAUCAAAGUGCCAGGACCAGGAACAGGAGGAGUUUUCUUUGACUAAGAAGGUCCAGAAACAUGGUCAAAGCUGGCUGCAAAAGAAUGAGCUUUAUCUGGAGGAGGACCAAACUAAGGAGCCUGUGGAUCCCAUGGAUUUAGGUAAUUAUCUUCUAGCAUCUACUUCUACUAGUGAUGCAGUGAUUUCAGCAGCUUCAGGUGCCUUCACUCUGGAGCCAGCUGAGUUUGAGGAACUGAUUCGAAACAUCAGCCAGCUUGCAGAAAGUGGAGAUGUGACAGAUGACCUUGCUUCCCAGCUUAUUGGGAAGCUGAUGGAGGAGAUAGCUGCAUCCCAAGCCACAACAGACAAGCAGACAAUUCAAACAGAAAGCAAACAUCUAGACAGAACGCCUAACUCCUCUGAACACUCUGGGGGGAAGAGUUUGAAGAGCAAAGCAGUUAUUGUUCGUCAUAGCACACAUGGAUCCACCAUGAGCUUUCAGAGAGACCUCAGUGUCAACGUGGGAGGGACUGCCUACAUAACCAAUGCCACUCGAAGCCUGACACUUCUGUGUUCAGCUCAGGGUAUCCCAACACCUUCCGUAUCCUGGACCAAAGAUGGAAUCCUGCUGCAAUCAAGUACUGGAAGACUGCACAUUGCAAACCCUGGAGCCAACGACGUUGGAAUCUACAGGUGCACAGCAAAAAACAAAAUGGGAUCGGAUUCAGAAACAACGCAGGUGCUAUUGGCUGAUCACCCUGCUAUCAUGGCUUCUUGGAAGAACAUAUCAGACCUGCAUAGUGCCAGUCUGAAAGUGGUCGUAGGAGGCAGAAUAAGAACCCAUAUAGGUGCCAAUCUCACUCUGGACUGUCCAGUUACAGGUGUUCCUCAGCCGAGUGUAAGCUGGCACCACUUGGAGGGCAAGCUGAGUGCCAACAUUAUUUCACUUACAAAUGGCUCUCUGCUACUUCACAAUCUCACGCUGCAGGACGACGGCACCUACAGCUGCGUGGCCUCCAAUCCCAUUGGCAAAGCUUCAGCCUCUAGCAGGAUCCACGUAGUUGAUGUCGGGGCAGUAUCUUAUGAGAAAAGUUCCUUGUUGAAGGAUGUGAACAGGAAACGAGUCGUGAUGGCCUCUCGCGCUGGAACAGUCAUCACAGUCAAACCUGGGGACAUCCUGAGGAUUGGUUGUCCAGUAGUCCCGAGCCACAGGAAACCCAUCAAAUGGUCAUAUGAGAAUCAAACCCUGAAGCAGACGCCAGACCUGCACUACCGCACACUUGCUUCAGGUCGCAUUCUUGAAAUACACACUCUGAGCAGUAGGUUUGAAGGACGCUUGGCGUGCCAAACCAACACAAACAAUCAGAUGAUCUCUGCCUGGAUUCAUAUCCUCUCACAAGAAUUUGAGUGGCGUUUGGCUGAAUGGAGUACAUGCAGUGCGAGUUGCGGAAAUAAAGGAUCUCAGAGCAGGAAGGUUCACUGUGUAAGUGACAGCGGGCAGAUGAUGCCCCCCUCGUCCUGCCAACAUCUUCCUAAGCCGUUCUCCCUAACACGGCCAUGUAACCUUCACGACUGUCCUCCCAGCUGGGGGUCCACCGUGUGGUCCAAAUGCUCCACAUCAUGUGGUCGUGGUUUCCGGCAGAGGAGAGUGUCAUGCCAGCAGCUAGAGGCCAGCGGGAGCAUUCAGGUUUUGGCCGAUGAAGCAUGUGAAGGAAUGUCACGCCCGGAACACAGAGAGCCGUGUGUUUCAGAAGCUUGUGCUGAGUGGAUCAGUGGACCCUGGGGACAGUGUUCCGGCCGCUGUCUCGGUCCAGCAAUGGCGACUCAGAGAAGAACAGUGAUGUGCAAGACACUGAAUGGCUCAGACACCAACACGGCCUGUGACCCCAGAGAAAGACCUGCCUCGGUGAGGAACUGCACAUCAGAAAUGUGCAAUGUUCACUGGAGGGUGUCUCCAUGGCGGAUGUGCACUGCUACUUGUGGAAGUGGCUUUCAGUCUCGCAGGGUUGAGUGUGUACAUCAUAACAACAAGACCCUUCCUGACCUUCAGUGCGCCUGGCAGCGUCGUCCUGUCACCUGGCAACACUGCAACAUCACUUCCUGUGGCAAUGAGUGUAAGGAUACAACACAUUACUGCGCAGUGGUGAAACGCCUCAGGUUGUGUCCCAUUGAAUUGUAUACACAGAGGUGCUGCAAGUCCUGCUCAGAAGACUCAGACACUAUCUAGUGCUCACUGAUGGAACAUCUCAAGCUUUUACAGCACACUGACUUCUGAACACUGCUCUUCUUUCCAAUCCAAGCACAUGUGGAACAAAUCUGAAAUGGAAGAAAUCCAGGACUUUGCUGCACAAAUGAGAAGAGAGUGCCGUUUUUGGGACACAGCCGAGUUUAAGUGGAUGCUCUGUGAAAUUUGGACUAAAGGGCCUUUAUCUAGGUUAAAGUGAGUUCUGGGUGUGUAUUGGCAAUUCGCCCCUGACAGAGAAAACAGCACUAAUUCAGCUCUCCCCUUUUCAUCAUUAUAUAAAGUUCAUUUAUCAGCCUUGUGUGUGGAAUAAUUUAUAAGAAUGUGUUUUGCUCUAUAUUUAAUCAUCAGGAUGAGAAGCAGAGAAUAUUGGACCAUUCACAUGUGUGAAGGGAGGUUAAGAUACUAGAUACAGCUGAAAGUGUACAUAGGGUACUUACAGUCGAAGAGAAUCCAAAAGUAUUUUACGGGAAACUCUUUAUUUGAAGGUCGUCUAAAUACUGACUUCAUAACACAUAUAUAAGCAGAGAAUAAAAUGCUUGUAGAAUGAUGUCGGAAUAUUGGGAAAAUACCAAUUUUUCCAGUCAUUCAAUAACCACAGAGAAUUAUAGUCCAAGAAGGUAUAUAGUUACAACCAAAGAAUUCACAUUCAAAAAGAUAAGAAGUGAUCUGUUUUGUCACCUGAAAAAUACAAAGCAUGUUUAUAUGCAAUGAAAAAUAGUCACCAACCACUUUCAAAUACAAAAUAGUGAACCUUACUUUAUCACUACUAACUUGGAUCACUAACAGCUAAAACGAGGCAGCUCUCAUAUCGUACACAUUUAAUUCAAUUAAAUAUAAUAGGGCGUGCUGUUAUCAGAAAUGAAUCCAUUACCACCCCAGAUUGCAUUAUUUUCCUUUAACAGCAUGUCCUGAAGUGUUCGAUUUCUCUAAUACCACAACAAUUUGCCCACAAGACUAAGACUAAGAUAUUGGGGCUGUCCAGAAUCUUGAAAAGACUGAGAAUAUAAUGCCAUACUAUCUUAAGACAGACUUCUAGUGUUCACAUGAGCGUCUGGUUCAUUUCAGGAAUAAAUAUAGACGGAAUUUAAAUUUGCAAUUCGAACACUGUUUAGCUUUGGAGUUUGUAAAUAAAUCAUUUUGCACAUGGACCCUGGUUACACAAACGAUCCCUGUAGCCCAUCAGCAAACCCGAGUCUUAUUCACUCACUCAAGCUGCUUCUUUAAUACAUUUUAAAUAUUAUUAUUUUUUAAAAUAUUUUUUAUAUCCAGUGUUAUUAUUAUUACUACUGCUAUUAUUAUUAUUAUUAUUAUUAUUAUUAUCAUCAUCAUUAAACCCAGAAAAGCUCAUUGUGUCAUUAGUAUCAGUACAUGGAAGUUUGAACAACUACAGUAAUAACCAGACUUCAACAAUUUUUCUAAACCUUGUGGCCAGAAAAGUGUAUAAAAUAUAGCAAUGCUGUGGCAAAAUAGCAGAAACCUUUUAGCCACAAUCUCUUAUAUGGCUUAUUUUAGGGAUUAUAUGCCCACUUCACAAUAAUGGGGGCUUGUAACAUGCAUUAAAACUGACAUUAGCUGCUGUUCAUAGAUAUUCCUAUCUUAUUCUAAAAACACUAUUCUGUGCUUAUGCAUGUGUUAUGAAGACAUUAUGUAGUUCACUUUAAUGUAUGAAGGAGUGAAAUGUCUUUGUUUUUGUUUCUUUAAGAUCACACUCGAGUCUCCAGUUGCUAUGCCUUUCAAAUGUACUUUUGUGUGUGUGUGUGUGUGUGUGUUCAACCUAUGUGCUGCAUUGUAAAUUAAUUCUUGUACAUAAUGUGUUUUUUAAGUGCAAUAUUGUACAUUGAGUGUAGAGAUCCUGGACUUAUUUUCUUACCUGCUAGUGUAGUAAUCCAUGUUUAAGACUACAGAAAACCUUAUCAAUUAUUCAUGUGGAUAAUCCAUGAGUUGAUGUCCUUCUGUAUUUAAACGCAUGCGACUUAAUUACAGUCUGAAAUGUUUGAAUAGAUACAAAAACCAUGUGCUGAAAUAAAAUACAGAUAUACAACAGUAUUUGGCUACUGAUGUGUUUGAGAGGGUGAGAGUCUUGAUGGAGGGAAUUCCUCAAAUUCUCUGUGUUAUAGCGUAAAGAAAAUAAAUACACUUUUGAGAAAGGG